AAAUCAGAUUCUUGGAGAGAAUAGUCCAAACUAUAGGCACAGAAGACGAUCAUAAACCCCUAAAAACCCCGUCACGCUGCAGAGUUGCGGCAAAAAAACCAGAAAUGGACUCAUCAUCAUCGUCUUCUUCUCCUUCCUCUUCCUCUUUAAACCUCGCAUUGGCGGCUUUGUUCGGCGCCUCGGUAAUGGCCAUCUCCGCCUUCUUCAUCCACAAGCGCUCCGUCGACCAAGUCCUCGACCGCCUCCUCAAACUCCGCACCGCCACCCAACGCCACCCUCCCUCCUUCUCCUCCUCCGCCGCCGCAGAGGAUCCCUCUCUCGCUUCCGAAGAUGACGAGGAGAUUGAGAUUGCCGUGGACGAGGAGGAGAUUGAGGAGGUUGCUACGGACGACGACGUUCUUAGUCGGUACAGAGUCUCGUCUUCGAUGCCGAAUGUAGCUUUAUCGAACCACUGGUUUGACGAUCGGCCGACGGAGUUCGGGAACCGAGCGGCGGCGUCGGCUUCUUGGGAUAAGCUCAAUUUGAUUCCCUCUGGCCUACCGCCUCUUCAUACUGCUCGAAAAGAUGGACAGGAUCACUAUGUGAAUAAGUCUGGUUCUAAGAUCCGGGUUGGAUCUGGUGGCAGGCUGAUGACUCCAAGAUCCUCGCGUGGCUAUGCAUUUGAUAGUACAGGAGAUUCUGACGAUGAAGGAACAGAGGUUUCAACUGGGCAGGACAUCCUCUUCACCUAUGAGAACCUCAACUCUUCAGCUGAUAUAAUCAAUUUGCAUGCUAACAACUCCGACAUUCAUAAUGUAUCCGCUCCUCCAUUUGAAGUUGACAACAGUAGCUGUAUUCCAGAUCAGAAUUGUAGAGCGACUGCAAAUGAAGCAGAAGAAAAUGUAGUUCUGCAUGAUGCUAGAAAGGCAGAUACAGCCUUGAUGCAUGCCGUGGGAAAUGAUCCAAUUGUCACCAAUAAUAUUAUACCCCAGACAACAACAAUGAAUGAAUCAACGGACAAAGAAGAGGAGGAAGUAUGGAAGAUGAUUCGUGGUUGUUUGGAUUUGCGAGAGAGGUACGUCUACAGGGAAAAUGUUGCUCCAUGGAUGAAGGCACCUGUGGAAGGAUCUUCUGCAUCAGGAGUGAAUAGUGAUCCACUUUGCUUUGUCCCUGUUGAAGCAACUGCUCACCACUUUAGGAUGGAAGAUGGAGUUGUACGCGUUUAUGCAAGUGAGAAUGACGCCACAGAUCUUUUCCCUGUUGCAAGUUCAACUAUGUUUUUCACCGAUAUGCAUCACCUCCUAAAAGUUAUGUCCAUUGGAAAUGUUCGCUCUGCAUGCCAUCACCGAUUGCGAUUUCUUGAGGAGAAAUUCCGCCUUCAUCUGUUAGUAAAUGCAGACACGGAGUUCCUAGCUCAGAAGAGCGCGCCUCAUCGUGAUUUCUACAAUAUCAGAAAAGUUGAUACACACGUCCAUCAUUCUGCUUGCAUGAACCAGAAGCAGCUUCUGCGCUUUAUUAAGUCAAAACUUAGAAACGAACCAGAUGAGGUUGUCAUAUUUCGUGAUGGAAUGUAUUUUACACUUAAAGAAGUCUUUGAAAGCCUGCAGCUAACAGGUUAUGACCUUAAUGUUGAUCUUAUGGAUGUUCAUGCUGAUAAAAGCACAUUUCAUCGAUUUGACAAAUUCAAUCUCAAGUAUAAUCCUUGUGGACAGAGCAGACUCAGAGAGAUCUUUCUGAAGCAGGACAAUCUCAUCCAAGGUCGUUUCAUAGCAGAGGUGACAAAGCAGGUUUUAUCAGAUCUUGAAGCAAGCAAAUACCAGAUGGCAGAGUAUAGGGUUUCCAUCUAUGGAAGAAAACAAAGUGAAUGGGAUCAGCUGGCAAGUUGGUUCAUUAACAAUGAACUAUAUAGCGAGAAUGUUGUUUGGUUAAUCCAGCUCCCUCGGCUAUAUAACGUGUACAAGAGCAUGGGAACUGCUACAUCAUUUCAGAAUAUUUUAGACAAUGUAUUUAUUCCACUUUUUGAAGUCACAGUUGAUCCGAAUUCUCAUCCUCAUCUACAUAUGUUCCUGAUGCAGGUUGUGGGCUUUGACCUUGUAGAUGAUGAGAGUAAACCAGAAAGACGUCCCACCAAACACAUGCCAAAGCCUGCUGAAUGGACAAAUGAGUUCAACCCUGCAUAUUCGUACUAUGCUUAUUAUUGCUAUGCAAAUUUGUAUACGCUCAAUAAGCUUCGUGAAUCAAAAGGAAUGCCAGCAAUAAGGUUGCGGCCGCACUGUGGGGAGGCAGGUGAUGUUGACCAUUUGGCUGCUGCUUUCCUUCUAUGCCAUAAUAUCUCUCAUGGGAUCAUUUUGCGGAAAUCUCCUGUUUUGCAGUAUUUGUAUUACCUUGCUCAGAUUGGAUUGGCCAUGUCGCCACUGAGUAACAAUUCUCUUUUCCUGGACUACCAUCGCAACCCAUUUCCAAUGUUCUUCCAGCGUGGGUUAAAUGUUUCACUUUCGACUGAUGAUCCCCUGCAAAUUCAUUUAACAAAAGAACCUCUCGUGGAAGAAUAUAGCGUUGCAGCAAAGGUGUGGAAGCUCACUUCCUGUGACCUUUGUGAGAUAGCAAGAAACUCGGUAUAUCAAUCUGGAUUCUCACAUGCAUCUAAGCUGCAUUGGCUCGGUAGCAAAUAUUUCAAGAGUGGUCCUGAAGGAAAUGAUAUUCACCAGUCAAAUGUACCAGAUUUGAGGAUAUCCUUCCGAUAUGCGACAUGGAAAGAGGAGAUGCAGUAUGUGUAUUCAGGAAUGGCCAGGCUUCCCAAAGAAAUAGAUUUUUGAGCCAAACGAAGCAUUUGAGCAAAGAAGAAUUUAACUCGUGAGUAGUUUUGGGGCAUAAAUCUCAAGCCUAAGAUUGCCAUUUUUUGAGGCCAUGAUUCUUCCAAAUGGGUCGUAUCACCUAACGAAACAACUCAUGGCUUCAAGCAUUGUUAAAGCUUGUGAACAAUUCUGGCUGCUAUAUCUGUUCGUUAACAUUACAGCUAACACACCUGGAGCUAGGUUUUUUUUUUUUUUUUUGGCUCUCUAGAGGAGGAAGGUAUAUUAGAAUAAUCACUCCAGUUUAUGUAGUUUUCCGAUGAUGAGCAAAUCAUGCACAUCCAGUUUGGUCAUAGAAAACCAAUUUUAUGUAGGCAACUGCUACUACUUAGUAUAGGUGUUUGAAUAGUUUGCACUGUGGUUGCAUAAUGAACGCGUUUCCGAUUGAUAUGAAGUUUUGUAGAAAUGAUCAUCGAUUUUUGACUUGC